AUGAGAGCCGUGAUUCAGGAACGACUGUUGACAGCUCAAAGUCGUCAGAAAAGCUACGCUGAUAGAAGGCGUAGACCUUUGAAAUUCCAGGAAGGCGACUCUGUUUUGCUGAGGGUUUCCCCACGUAAGGGAGUUGUUCAGUUUGGUGUGAAAGAGAAACUUGCACCAAGGUAUGUGAGGCCAUUCCUGAUCGUGCAACGAAAAUGUCAACCUGAGCCGAAAGCUGUAGUGCAGUGGUUUGACAUUCCGAUACAGUAUUACGUGUCAUACGAGGAGGCACCAGUUCAGAUUCUUGACCGGAAGAUAAAUAAUCUGCGCCAUCGUGAGAUCUCGUUAGUGAAAGUAUUAUGGCAGCACCAUGGAGUUGAGGAAGCGACAUGA